CUUAGUUUGCAAUUUGCAAUUUACGCCUUCAUAUAUAGUUUUAGCUCAAUUGUUGGCGCAAACUAUAGGCAGGACUUUGCGAAGAAUUCCUUUUUAGCCCGUUUUUGUUUUGCACCCCUGCGAUAUCUGUGCAAGUCGGGUAACUACCGAACCAAUAGCAGCUGACAGUGUACGGUGAUGUAGCUGAUCACUGGGAUAUGAAUUGUUUCGUCCGGACAUCUCAAACGAACAGUUUUGCUGUCUGUUUGUGACCCUAUGCGGUAUUGAAAACACAGUUCGCUACAUAAAAGACAAGAUAAACAGGAUCAACCUUUCUUGUGUUGAUAGCAGGGGCUAGCUAGCUUCAAAACAAUACCUGGUCAGCCAUCUCUUUUCGUUUUAUUUAAAUUAUCUAGCUAUCGUUUAAGUAGAUGAUGGUAGGUCCGUGGAUUGUGUGUCCAUGUUUUAUAACAAAGCAAAAGCUUCCUUACGUCUCAUUUUGAACCCCACUGGUGCACGUUACGUCAGAGUGUAGCAAUGUCCUCCCGAAAGCGGAAGCUCCGCUCCGUUCUGAAAGCAGGAGAGAACGCGGACAGCUCGUCGCCCGCACCGGUGAAGACCGCGGCUCCUCCAGCAGAGGGCGCUGCUGAGAGAACGCGCUCCACGGAGACGCUGACCAGUCAGUAUUUCUCAAACGACCACAAGUGUGACGCUAGGCUUGGGGAGGAGUUCUUCAACCAGCCCUGUGUUCGCCUAGCCAAAGCAUUCUUGGGUAAGGUCUUGGUCCGUCGCUGUGCUGAUGGGACGGUGCUGAAGGGGAGGGUGGUGGAGACGGAGGCGUACCUGGGGGGCGAGGACCGGGCGUCCCACUCGGCUGGGGGCCGGCGCACAGAGAGGAACGCCGCUAUGUUCAUGAAGCCCGGCACCAUCUACGUCUACCAGAUCUAUGGCAUCUACCUCUGCAUGAACGUGUCCAGCCAGGGGGAGGGGGCGGCAGUGCUGUUGCGCUCCCUCGAACCCCUGCAAGGUCAGGCGGUCAUGAGGGACCUGCGGGCAGUCCGGCGGAGGGAGGGUUCGCGACCCCUGAAAGACAAGGAGCUGUGCAACGGUCCCUCCAAGCUGUGCCAGGCCUUGGACAUACCGCGGGAUUUCGACCAGAGGGACCUGGCCACCGAUGCCGAGGUGUGGCUGGAGCAGGACGUCCCGGAGGGGGAGGGGGCGCAGGAGCACCCGGAGGUCGUGUGUGCUCCCCGCAUCGGCAUCGAGUCCCACGGGGAGUGGGCCGCCAAGCCCCUGCGCUUCUACCUGCGCGGUAACCCCUACGUGAGCGUGGUAAACAGGCAGGCUGAGGGGCAGACGCAGCGGCAGCCCGGCCCUACAGUGUCACGCUCUGCCCAGCAGUGGGAGACAGAGGGCAGUAUCACAGUGGAGAAUGAAGACCAUGUGGAGAACUGACAAGGGCUUCCAGGACCGCUUUUCUGACAAUUUUUUCAGAUGUUUUGUUUGAUCAAAAGCCAUUGCGCAUUGUGUCUAGCAAUCAUUCCUACCCAUGCCAGCCAUGACCAGCAGUACGUGAGCGCUCUCUCUUUUUAGACACAACCGUGGAGUGGCUACCCCUCAGAAAGCUAACAGCUGCCAGGCAGAGGAUCAGGAAGGAGUGACCCUGCUUUUAUCACUGAAACUGUAAUGGGGGACAUGCUGUAGAGAGAGAUCAGCAGAAAGUGUCUGCUCGCCGUUAUCUGGGAGCGAUUCC